AUGGCUGACAAUGACUGGGAUACCGUCACCCGUAUCGGUAGCAAAGCCAGGGGCCCUGGCAGUGGAGGUGUCGACCGUGAACGGGUGGUGAGGGGCUCCUCUGCCCUCAACGCAGCCAAGCGUUCCGGAGCCGUCGUUGCAACAGAAAAGAAGUAUGGAGGUUCCAACAGUAAAUCGAGUGUCGAGGGUCAACACUUGACCAAGGUCGACCGUUCCGACGACAUCAUAAAACCCAAAACCGUCCCGCUUCCGGUAGGACGUGCUAUCAUCAACUGGCGGAACCAGAACAAGGACGCCCAGGGCAAAGGGAUGCCUCAGAAGGACCUUGCCACCAAGUCAGGAGUCAAAGAGGCGCUGCUGAAAGACAUCGAGAGCGGCAAAGCUCUCUACGACGCCAAUGCCAUUCGGAAACUGGAAAAUUUCAUGAAAAUCAACUUGACGGGGAAUGACAUAGGGAGCCCGAGAAACGCACCUGCAAAGAAGAAGUGA